UCGCCAGGAUUAAAGGCUGGUUGCGCUACACAGCGCGCCGCGCCACGGCCGGCAUGCCUCUGUCUCCUCUCCCGGCUGCGGCCCGUCAGUCCCAACCUCGCCUGGCUUCUCUAAAAACGAAGCAAGCGAAAUUCGCUUUUACGCAGCCUUCCGUCCGAAGGCCUGGGAUGAGGGAAGCGCCCAGUGGAGAUCCGGGAACGUCACGCUGUGUCCCUCUUUUGCAGCCCGUCCCGGAAAAAGCCAGUUCCAAGGUGGACCUGACGUCCCAAGAUGAGUCGGAAAAGAAGCCUCUGCCUGCGGAGACAAAGUCGUUUGCGGUGGGCAUCUUCAAGGGCCAGAUCAUCACGGAGCAAGUCUUCCCUUAUCCUUCAGUCCUGAACGAGGAGCAGUCCCAGACUCUGCAGGAGCUGGUGGGCCCCGUCUCUCGCUUCUUUGAGGAUGUGAACAACCCGGCCCGGAACGACGAGCUGGAGCAGGUGGAGGAGAAUACGAUGCAAGGCCUGAAAGAGCUGGGGGCCUUCGGCCUGCAAAUCCCCAUCGCCCUGGGCGGGCUGGGGCUCACCAACACCCAGUACGCUCGGUUAGUUGAGAUUGUGGGCAUGCACGACCUGGGAGUGGGCAUCACCCUCGGCGCCCAUCAGUCCAUUGGCUUCAAGGGAAUUCUGCUCUACGGCUCCCCCAAGCAGAAGGAGAAAUACCUGCCCAAGUUGGCAGCAGGGGAGACCAUCGCCGCCUUCUGCCUCACCGAGACCACCAGCGGCUCCGACGCAGCCUCGAUCCGGAGCAGGGCUGAGCUCAGUCCCUGCGGCUCCUACUAUACCCUCAACGGGAGCAAACUCUGGAUCAGCAACGGUGGCAUUGCUGACGUAUUUACCGUGUUUGCCAAAACACCGCAGAAAGAUGAGACGGGCGCAAUGAAGGACAAGAUAACGGCCUUCAUCGUGGAGCGAUCUUUCAAGGGGGUCACCAGCGGCCCCCCUGAGAAGAAGAUGGGCAUCAAGGCAUCCAACACGGCCGAAGUCUACUUUGACGGAGUCCGCGUCCCGGCAGAGAACGUUCUGGGGACGCCUGGGGCUGGGUUCAAGGUGGCCAUGAACAUCCUCAACAACGGGCGAUUUGGCAUGGCAGCUGCGUUGGCUGGCACCAUGCGGGCUCUAAUUGGCAAGGCGGUGGACUUUGCGGCCAACCGAACCCAGUUUGCGGAAAAGAUCCAUAAGUUUGGUGUGAUCCAGGAGAAGCUGGCUCGCAUGGCCAUGCUGCACUACGUGACAGAGUCGAUGGCGUACAUGAUCAGUGCAAACAUGGACCGGGGGGCUUCGGACUUCCAGAUCGAGGCGGCCAUCAGCAAAGUCUUUGGCUCGGAAGCUGCCUGGACGGUUUCAGAUGAAUGCAUCCAGACCAUGGGUGGAAUGGGAUUCAUGAAGGAAGCCGGGGUGGAGCAAGUGAUGCGCGAUUUGCGCAUCUUCCGGAUCUUCGAGGGCACCAACGAUAUCUUGCGGCUUUUCAUUGCCCUCUACGGAUUUCAGAACGCAGGGAAUCAGCUCCGUGGUUUGCAGCAGGCCAUCAAGAACCCCUUUGGGAACGCUGGGCUCUUGGUCAGCGAGGCCGGCAAGCGGGUGCGCAGGAGAGCAGGCUUGGGGACAGGGAUUACCCUGAAAGGUGUGGCGCACCCAAGUUUGGAGUCCAGCAGUGAGCAGACUGUCCGAGCAGUUGACCUCUUUGCGGGCGUCAUCGAGGAGCAGCUUCUCAAACACGGGAAGAAGGUCAUUGACGAACAGUUUAUGCUGAAGCGCAUUGCUGACAGCGCAAUUGAUAUCUACGCCAUGGUGGUCGUUCUGUCCAGAGCAUCGCGGUCCCUGGAACAGGGUCAAGCUACUGCUGAGCACGAGAAGGUGCUUUGCGAGACCUGGUGCAUGGAGGCCUACGAGCGAGUCGCCCAGAACCUGACGUCCCUCCAGUCCAGCUCCUCCCAGCAGCUCUUCAAGAACCUUCGGGUCAUCUCCAAAGCAUUGGUGGAGAACGGAGGGGUGGUCUCCCCCUACGCCCUGGGUUUCUGAGACCCCCAGCGUUCAGGGCUCAUUCCCCUGCCUGCGCUAGAAGAUGGGGCGCCAUUUUUGGAAAGAGAGGCCUUGUUGUUCUCCAAAAGCCUUAACGUCGUCCGCAGACGUCCCCGUUUUUGAGACCCUUCCGGCGAGGGAAAUGUCGCCGUUGGCCUUCCAGGUGCCAGCGGUCACAGGCUCCCUGGACAUUCAGCCGUCCAGUUGCUUUUGCAGUCCCCGCUGUUGUGUUGUACUUUCUGAGAGUUACUAUUAAAUGGUUUUAUCCAAUA